AUGAAGCUUUUCGUUUGCCUUAUUGCCUGUGUGAGCCUGGCCCAAGCUGGAUUUAUUGGUGGCGGCAGUUCAGGUGGUUGGUCAUCCGGAGGCGGUGGCGGUAGCGGUUCGGGUGGCUGGUCAUCAGGAGGUGGCGGCGGUGCCAUUUCAGUAGGAGCACCCACCAUUGUUAAGGUGAUCAGUCAAGAGGAUGAAGGUCAUGGAUAUGGUGGUCAUGGUGGAUACGAAUACGGGCAUGGCCAUGGGCAUGCCGCAGCCGCAGCCGAGGAGGUGAAAAUCAUUAAGGUGAUUAGCGAAGAUGGAGGCCACUCUGACGGUUUUGCUGGAGGCUACUCCGGUGGUUACUCUGGCGGCUACUCCGGUGGCUAUUCUGGUGGCCACUCUGAUGGUGGAAUCAACAUUGUCAAGGUUAUCCAUGAAGAGAGCGCUCCCAUCGAGUUGGGUCACCAUGAUCACCACCAUCAUCAUCAUGAACAUCACGACCAUCACAACGAAGAAGUGAAGAUCAUCAAACUGAUUAGCUCUGGUGAUGAUCAUUCCCAUUACAGUGGCGGCAACGGUGGUGGCUGGUCCUCCGGCGGUGGUUGGUCAUCUGGCGGUGCCAGCGCUGGCUGGGAUUAA